AUGAAAUUCAUCAUUGUUUUUGUUGCCCUCUUCGCUUUUGCUCUGGCUGCACCCAACAGAAAUGCAGAGACUCUGCGUUAUGACGCCGACGUUGAGCCUUUGACCUACCAAUAUAGAGUGGAAACAAGCAACGGCAUAAAAACUGAAGAACAGGGACAUGUUGAAGACAUUGGAAGCGAAGAUGAGGCUAGUGUGGUCCGCGGCUCCUACUCCUAUGUUGGUGACGAUGGUAUUACCUAUGCCGUCAAUUACAUUGCCGAUAAGAACGGUUUCCAGCCCCAGGGUGCUCAUAUUCCUGUUGCCUAA